AUGAUGCGCCCGGGGCUGGGUCAAUCGGGCGCGCUCCCUCUUCUGGUGCUGGUGGGCUUUUUGCUGGCGACUCUUGUGCCCUCAUUGUCGGGCGUUUCCAGCCUAAAAUUAGCGGACUGGAGUUGCUUUACUGGCGGAGCCUCUCAGCUCCCCCUGAUUCAAGAUGGCGGUGCCACAUUCCCACCGGACACAGCUCCCGCUGAACCGUUCGGAUCGUGGAGCUUGUCGACUCGAUCUCACUCACGCGCCAAAGGAUCUGCGCGCGCUCCACAAGCUCCAGAUGGACCGGUAGAAUCCAGAAAUAUCAUCGCCAACGAAAACGACAGCCGGCUGCCCUAUCCUGCCUCCAAGCCGUCCUCGCCGUUUCUGUUCGGGAAACGUGCACGCGCGUUUCGAACGUACUUUAUACAACACUUGGAUGAUUAUCAGCUGUUCACCUCGUUUGCCAAUCGAACUCCUUCGGCGGCAUCCACUCUGACCCCCCCAUCGCCCAUCACAUCUUCUCACGCCGUUCCUCUGCCCACCUUGAUCGACGACAAUGAACGACUUGAUGCGCCGAAUGAACAGCAAGAUCGCAAUCUUCAAACACCAACUAGGCUUCCUGAGGAGAGAACUGCGGCGGGACUGCAGCUCCCGUCCUUGUGCGACAGAUGGCAGCUGGCCUGCCAAAUAGCGAGAGACCUCUGGGCGGAUCCUCACAAAUUUGUAUCUGCGUUCUGGAUGCUAGCGUCAACGGGGCUGGAGCUGUCGACCGAGCCGCAGACCAAGGCGCGAGAGGUGGAGUCCGACAUGGACGGUGUCUCCUCGAAAGGAGCGUCUGCUGUCAACAGCAGUCUUGAGCCGAGCUCUCAGACGCACAUCUCUCCUCUCACAACAAAUGAUCAGACGACAGACGCUGCCGGUUCUACAGCAGAGCUGCGGGGCAGCUGUAUGGCGGUAGUAAUUGGCCUGGUGGCCGGUAUAAUGUGGUUUUAA